AUGGCUUUCGUUCAAAAAAAGAAUCCAAAAAAAACUACCACACGAAGCGUAACAAGGGCUGCAAAGGAAAAAGCUGCUGCCGAGGCUGCUACAAAAGCUGAAGUGUCUCCUCAAUACGAUGGCGAUGUCUUUAUGAAAACAGAAUCGACUGGAACUUUUCGAACUGAAAUGUCAGAACAAAUCGUAGAGGAGGACGCAGUCUCAGAAACUUCUACUAUCGCUACUCCAAUUGAUACACCAACAGGACCACCUUCACCCAAUAACAGCUUUCCAAUUCCAUUAAAUCUUAAUAGUGUUCAUAAGCUUUUCAAGAAUCCACAUUAUAAAACAGCCAAAAAAUUUAAGAAUGUUAAACAAAUGCUUGCUGCUGAAAGGAAUAAUAAAGUUCCAUUGGACAUACCAACUUAUUCAAACAUAGAAGCACCACCUUCAAUAGUACCACAAAAGAAGUAUUGCGAUAUUACAGGGUUGGAGGGAAAAUACACGGAUCCAAAAACUCGCCUUCGAUAUCAUUCUGCUGAGGUAUAUAAAGAAAUAAAGCAAUUAGCACCAGGCGUUGUUCAAGAUUAUCUUGGAUUGAGACACGCUGCUGUUGUAUUGCGAUAG